GGGCUCUCCAAGAGAUCGAGGCUCUAGCCAAUCGGAUGGCGGCUUGUUCAAGGACGGUUGCGAUGGGAGACGCGCCCUCCCUCGGAGGGGAGAGUCGUGGGGAUUGUCAGCGCCUCUCUCCCCUCGCUCUCGAAGGCUGCCGCGGCCUUCGACUUUCUCGCCCGGUUUCAUGGCGUUCUAUUUGAGGAGAGGCCGAAGAGGCCAGUUUAAACAUAUAGCUCAUGGCCUGAUCCCUGCAGCUACCAUAGCUCCUAAACCUGCUGUUCCCCGCACCCCUCCCCCUCGUAGUCCAAAUCCUUCUCCAGAAAGGCCCAGAUCUGCUUUGGCAGCAGCUAUUCUUGUGACAACCUUAACUGGACGAACAGUUGCCAUCCCUCAGCCUCGUCAGCGGUCUCUCUCUGAAAGUGAUGCCAGCAGUUUGCAGGACCGAGAAAACUGUAUUCAGCCAUAUGCCACUGUCACUGAGCUGCGGAUGGGUCCAAACUGGAAAAGUGGUGGUGAUGAUGAAAGAAUUGCUGUUCGCUCUUUGGAAGUAUCUGACAGUUGUUGUGAUGAUGAAGACAUGGAUACAAACCCUUCAGACACAGAAAAAGAAAGACUUCCAGUCUAUAAGGUUAUUGAUAAAGAAGAAAGUGAAGCCUUGUAUGCUGUUCCACACAAAGUUAAGCAGGAAGGACACCCAGUAUCCUCUAGUGCUGGUGAUGAAGAAGAUGAGUCUUCUAUCCAUGUACCCUCUUGUCUCAUUCAUCCAGAUGUUCAAGUGGAAGAGCUUGAACACUCUGGAAUGAAUUUUAAGGUGGAGAACAAAUCAGCUGAAACUCCAUUGAGUGAAAAACCACCACCGUCUCUAGUAGAUGUGGUACUCCACAAAAAGCAAGGAGAAAUGAUGAAAAAAUUAAAAGAAGAAAAUUGGCGUUUGAACAACACAAGUCAGAUCCUGUCUUCCCAACUUGAGGAAACAAAGCAGCAAAUGAAGGAACUCCAGUUAAAAGUCAAGAAACUAGAGAAAGAAAAUGCUCAAUUUAAAGAAACUGCCCAGAAUUCACAAAAUGAUGAAGAACAUACAGAAUUGCUUUUGUUAAGACAGCAGGCCCAGGAACUGGUAGAUGAAAAUGACACUCUGAAAAUGACUAUUCAUCGUUUAAAUGCAGAAUUGAGUCGCUACCAGACUAAAUAUAGACCAGUUUCACCAAAUGAGGGUGUCAGAUUUGGAAGCCUACCAAUGAAAAAGCCAAUCCCCCCAUGGCUGCUGGACAUGAAAUACUUAUCGCCCCUUAUGUUAGCAUAUGAAGACAGAAUGAGGGAAAAAGAAGAGCUGAUUCAUGCACAUGCGGAGGACAUGAAGAUGUUUAAAGCGCGGGUUGAAGAGUUAGUGAAGGAAAAUGAAGAGUUACACAAGCAAUUAAGUAGAACUAGCUCUGUUACCACCAAAGAAUGGCAGCAGUUGCAAAGCCAAGCCAAACUCGUUGUAGAGGAGAACACAGUACUAAUGGAACAGCUUAAGAUACAACAAGCAAAAGCAAAAGACAGCCUUAAUCAACAUGUCCAAGAAAGUUCCAGAUUAGCAAAGCAACUAAUGGUUUUAGAGGCCCAAAAACAGAACCAAGAAGAGGAGAUGAGAGAGUGUCAGAAGCAGCUGGAUGAAUUGCGCUUCACAUACAAAGAGUUAAAAGCCAGUGUUCAGGAUCAUAUAACUCUAGAGGAGCAUUUUACACUGAUAAAUAAAAUUAAAAGCCAGUUGCAAGAGGAGCAAGAGAAGAGAGAAAAAGAGGUACAGGAACUGAUGGAAAAACUAGCAUCUCUGCAAGCAGAAAAAAAAGGCCUUCUGUUAGAGAAAAAUGAUCUAGCAGCUGCUAAUAAGGUUUCCGAAGAUGAACUGGUGGUAGCUCAGAAGAUGAAAAGGCAAUUACAGAAGAAAAUAGGUCUUCUAAAGCAGCAGCUGGAAGAUGCAAUGGAAAAAGAGAUGGUAGCAUAUAAGUACCUAGCAAAACUCAUCACCUUGGCAGAAACUGUAACUCAAGAACGUGAUCAGCUUUUAAACUUGGUCAGUUGCUUGGAAAAAGAGAAGGAUGGUGUUCUCAGCAAAAUAAUUGAAGGAAAUGUACGUUUAGGAAGAUUGGAAGAGAAAGUGAAGGUGUAUAAAAAGGAUGCUGCUGGGAAGCUCGGAGAUGUCAGCCUCAAAAUGUCAGAACAGGAGAAGGAAUUUGCUGGGAAGACAGCUCAGUAUCAACGAGAAAUGAAGCAUCUCCAGCGGCUGUUGCAAGAGAAGCAGGAAACACUCGAUGAAGUGCUGCAGCAGAAAAGGGAAAUGGAAGGUGAACUUGAAAUAAUUUGGGAAUCAACCACCAAAGAAAACAGGAGGAUGAAGGAGCUCCUGCAUAAAUCUCUGGAGAAGAAGAACGCACAGAGUCCUGUCAAAGCUUAUUUGGCUGACAUUUCUCAGAAAGAUUUGCUGGAUGGGUAUGGUUUUAGCUACUGUGAGGUAGAGCUUUCCUCACCUGCUAAAACUCUGAGUCCACUGGAACCUGUACAUUAAGGACACAAAUGGUUCUGCUUCUUCCAUGAUUUAAUAGAUCUAGGGGGGAAAGUACAACAGUUGAAUCAAAAUCCAAUUGAAAUCAGCAGCAAAACCUGAUUGACUAGAGGAGACUUUGUUUUCACCAAAGAGUUUUAUUCUGGUGGUGUCAGUGAUCGUAUUUUUUCAGUACAAAACAGUGGAUAAAAUUAGAUAGAACGAAACUCAUGGAGAUCUUAAUGUAUAAACUGCACAGAAUAGAUUUUUGUAACGUUUACAUUUCCCUAUAUUGUCAAUAAGCCUUCUAGUUAUUCAAAUUAAAGAAAACUAUAGUGUACCCAGAACUGAUGCAAGAGAAUUGUUUGCACUAUUUGAAGUUUAUUAGGAAAUUAUAAAACUGGGAACUGUAAUUGCUGAACUGGGUUUGACUUAUAAAGGCAGGGGCGAAAAGCUUAACUGAAUAGUAUAAUGUGAUUUUGCAGCAUUCAGCAGAAAACUUAAAUGGAACACUUGGUUUGCAAAUCCUUUCUUUUGCAUAAAAAUAUGUUUUGAAAUGAAAUUUAAAAACAAAUUAUUAUUUUUAAAGGGAAGAACACAAAAACCAAAGAGCAAGUUUUGUCUGAAUUUGUGAGAAAUUAUAGUAAACCCAUCUUUAUGAAUGGAGCUCAAAGUACUUAAUGUUUGAACAUGUGAGUUAUGAAACUGAACUAUAAUAGGGGAAAAUGCAUUGUAUUUGUUUGGGACAUGGACAGAAGUGUGAAAGAGACAAAAGGAAAUCAUGGGGCCAUAACAUCUAUUUUACAGUUCUGGUGUAGUGGAUAAAGUGACAGGUUAGGACCCUGGAUAACAGGGUUCAAAUCCCCCCUAGGCCAUGAAAAGCCACUUGGGGGAGUGGAACUGGUAAAAUAUCUCCUUAAAUUUCUCACUUACCUUGAAAACCUUAUUAGUUCUGUUGCUAAUAAAAGGCAUUAUGCUAGAACUGCAUUUUUUCCCUUCCCACUUCCAAAAUGGACUAACACAGCUACCUACGCUUUUUUAAGGUAUAGCAUUUGAUCUUCCUAUACAAAACAGUUCUGUCUUUCCCUUUGCAGAACAGUCAGUCCAAAAAGCACUUUUCUUCAGUUGAAUUAAUAAUCAGAAUAUGGUGUGGUCCACAGAGCUUGGUUGUGAUCUUAUACUAUAAACAUUUUAAAUUAUUAAACUUGUAUGAGGA